UCGACCGACAGCAAAGAUGUUGCCCCACAAUUCAUUAUUUUCUAUGUAAAAGAGAUAAAAAGAUGCCGUUCCUUUCAAACAGUUUGUCCCAUUGAAGUUUCUUCCAUUUUGUGUUUUCUCUUCAUUUCUUGUUUUCUUCAACUACAAGCAGCCUCCAUAGCCGACACGGACAAAUACAAGACCAUAGAUCAUCACUUUCUUCACAAGCAAUUCGAUAUUUUGAUUGCCUUGGAACAUGUCUGAAGGGAAUGUCCAGGAAGUCAAACCCCAAGGGCUUAACAUUGUAUGGGGCGACGACCGGCGCUACUGGCAGCGAAGUGAUGAAAAGGCUGAGCUACUACAAGUGUGUUGGCUUGAAGUAACUGGUUCGGAGAAGGUCACGCCAGGAAAUAGGUAUAAAAUAUCGUUUGAGGUUUCGCUUGAAAACAACGCAUUCGGGUGGAGUGGGUGUCCAGUUUCUGUGAUGGCAAAGAUUGGGAAGAAGGGAAGAUAUAGCUGGAAAAGAGUGAAGCCUCUUGAUCAAUUCAGUGCAGCGACAGGUCACUUCUUAAUUCCUGAUGACGAAUUUGUCAUGCAAGUUCCACCGAAUGGUAAUGUAGCACAGGAAGAACUUUAUUUCGGUCUUUAUGAAAUUUGGAGUGGAAAAUGGAAGGGAGGACUGACUAUUCAUAAAGUAAUCAUCACACAAGUUCAGUAAUAUUUAAAAUGUAAUGUCGGCUGCAAUGUAGCGUAGUAAUGUUCGGGAGACAAACAGCCAGAAUAUGUAAGAAAUAAGUAGCCUUAUUUAAGUUGUAUAAUCUUGUCAUUCGCAGCUGACCAUAGUCAGUUUAAAAUAUUGUAAUUGUUGGGAUUUAUGUGUGGUUAUUUUGUCAAAUUUAUUUUUA